AUGACAAAGUUUGAAAUUACUCCCACAUUAAAGGAGACUAUUGAAAAAACAGAUAUCCCUGAUGAGAUAGCCAAAAAUUUGUUAUCAAAUGCAUAUAUAUCUCAUCAAAAUUUAGUGCUGUUCUAUAAAGAUUACAAACCAACUCCCACAUUAAUUGCACUUAUAAGAAGUACAAAACUCUAUACUCCUAACCUUAAUGUAAGUAACGAAUCGAGACCAAAAUCUAAAGAAUUCAUUAAGUCAAUGGAGCAACUAAGACUAAAGGCAAAAGAAGAAGAAUAUCAAAAGUUAAUUAAACCAAAACAGGAAUUCGAUACGUUGUACAAUAAUUCGCUCGAAGAGAUGAUGACACCAGCUCAAGCACACAAGGAAGUAAAGAGCCAAUUGACAACAAUUGUCAAUAUUUUAAUAAGUGUUGGUAGUGUAGUUUAUGCUAUUUGGUACUGGACAGAUAGCUCAAUGAAAAUACAGGAUGGCUAUAGGAUAUUAUUAUGUUUAUUCUUUGGCAUACUAGUAUUGGUUGCGGAAGUUGUGGUGUACAUGAGCUACUUGAAUAAGAUUGAAGAAGCAAAAGUUAAAGAAAGAAGCAAGUUAGAGGUUAAAAAACUUGUAAAGACUCUUGAAUGA